AUGCCCGGGUCUAGCAAGAUUUCUGACACAACAAUUCUCCCAGCGUAUUCCUCUUAUCCUGAGGAACCUCAGACUGUGAGGGACGGUGCCGUCCUUCCAACAGAGAAGAGGUUUUCCUGUGCUGUGUGCGGAAAGUGUUUCUAUUUUAAAUCCGGACUUAUUGUCCAUACAAGAACUCACACAGGUGAAAAGCCGUAUUCCUGUCCUGAGUGUGGGAAAUGUUUUUCACAGAAGUACCAUCUUUCCACCCAUCAGAGAUCUCACACGGGGGAGAAGCCGUAUUCUUGUCGGGAUUGCAAAAAAUGUUUUUCAGAGAAGUCCUCUCUUUGUAAGCAUCAGAGAGUUCACACAGGUGAAAAGCCAUAUUCUUGUCCUGAGUGCGGGAAAUGCUUUGCAAAACAAUCAGAACUUGUCACACAUCAGAGAACUCACACGGGGGAAAAACCAUAUUUCUGUUCUGAGUGCGGAAAAUGUUUUUCACAAAAGUCCCAUCUUAACAGACAUUGGAGAUCUCACUCAGGUGAGAAGCCUUAUCCCUGUACUGAAUGUGGGAAAUGUUUUUCAAGGAAUUCCGAUCUUUACAGACAUCAGAGAUUGCACACAGGAGAGAAACCUUAUCCCUGUUCUGAGUGCGACAAAUCUUUUUCAAGGAAGUCUGAUCUUUACAGACAUCAGAGAUUCCACACAGGAGAGAAGAUGUAUUCCUGUCCUGAGUGUGGGAAAUAUUUUUCGUUAAAGUCCAGUCUUUACAAACAUCAGAAAUUGCACAGGGGGGAGAAGCUGUAUACCUGUUCUGAGUGUGGGAAAAGUUUUUUGAAAAAAUCAAAACUUGUAAGACAUCAGAGAUCUCACACGGGGGAAAAAUCAUUUGACUGUCCUGAGUGUGGGAAAUGUUUUGUACAAACAUCAGAUCUUGUCAGACAUCAGAGGUCUCACACGGGUGAGAAGCCGUAUUCCUGUAGUGAGUGUGGGAAAAGGUUUUCACAGAGGUCAAAUCUUUAUACGCAUCAGAGAUUGCACACAGCGAAGAAGCCCCCUUCCUGUCCUGAGUGAGGGAAUUGUUCCUCACUGAAGUCCUGUC